AUGGUUGCUUCAAACAAAUCCACAGUGAACACUGCAAUAUUUGAAGAGGUUCUUGACAUUGAGAAGAAUGGGAAGGAGAAGAGAGCUGAGUGGGUGCUGAAUCCUCCAGAACCACCAUGCAUGCUGCGUCAGGUGUUGGACAACAUCAAAGACACCCUCUUACCUCGUCCAAAUCGAAACCUAUUCUUUUCUCUCCCAAAUCAACCUUUUUCCAAACGCGUCUUUGCCUUGUUGCAGCACCUGUUUCCUAUCCUACGUUCAUUCCAUAAUUACAAUGCCCAAAAAUUCAAGUGCGAUUUCAUGGCCGGUCUAACCCUUGCAAUUUUCGCCAUUCCUCAGUGUAUGGGAAAUGCGACACUAGCGCAGCUAAGUCCUGAAUAUGGCCUCUAUACAGGUAUUGUGCCACCUCUUAUUUACGCUAUGCUGGCGAGUUCAAGGGAGAUAGUGAUCGGGCCUGUAGCUGUGGAUUCAUUGCUUCUUUCCUCAAUGAUUCACACAUUGAAAGAUCCUAUUCAUGAUUCUAUUACUUACACUCAGCUUGUUCUCACUGCAACAUUUUUUGCGGGUAUCUUUCAAGUUGCUUUCGGACUCUUUAGGCUAGGUUUCCUAGUGGAUUAUCUUUCCCAUGCCACGAUCCUGGGGUUCUUGGCAGCAGCUGCCCUGGGCAUUGGAUUACAACAAUUAAAAGGGUUAUUUGGGAUCGUUAAGUUUACCAACAAAACUGGUUUAAUUGAAGUAAUGAAAGCUGUUUGGACAUCGUUCAAAAACCAAUCAGAGUGGCAUCCUUACAAUUUUAUUAUUGGAUUCUCAUUUCUCUGUUUCAUCCUAUUUACCAGAUUCCUGGGGAGAAGGAACAGGAAACUCUUCUGGUUGUCACAUGUUGCUCCUCUCCUUUCUGUCAUUGUAUCCUCUGUUAUUGCAUACAGAAUAAAUUUUCAUGAGCUUAAAGUGAAGGACUAUAGAGUUGAAGUCUUGGGACCAAUCAAAGGAGGUAGCUUGAAUCCAUUGUCAUUCAACCAGUUAAUAUUCAAAGGCAAAGUUGUGGCUCCUUUGAUCAAAAUAGGGUUGACCGUUGCUAUUAUUUCACUCACGGGAUCUAUUGCUGUUGGGCGAUCAUUUGCAGCCCUUAGAGGAUACAAUCUGAAUCCCAACAGAGAAGUGGUAUCAUUGGGCAUAAUGAACAUUGUUGGAUCCUUCACUUCUUGCUAUAUUGCAUCAGGUUCAGUGGCACGAACUGCUGUAAACUAUAAUGCAGGAUCAGAAACAUUGGUGUCGAACAUAGUGAUGGCACUGACGGUUCUGAUGUCACUCAAGUUUUUGACAGGGCUCUUAUAUUUCACUCCAAAAGCAAUCUUAGCAGCAAUAAUUCUAUCGGCUAUACCAGGACUCAUUGACCUUAACAAAGCAUAUCAAAUUUGGAAGGUUGAUAAAACCGAUUUCCUUGCCUGCGCAGGAGCUUUCUUCGGUGUCUUGUUUGCAUCCGUCGAAUUUGGCCUUGCAAUUGGGAUCACGAUAUCGUUUGCGAAGAUAAUUAUAAUCUCAAUUCAACCUGGUAUAGCGCUUGUUGGAAGGCUUCCUGAAACUGAUGCAUUUGGUGACGUUGAACAAUAUCCAAUGGCGGUCAACGUUCCUGGAGUUUUGAUAGUUUCUCUAAAAUCUUCUUGGCUUUGUUUUGCAAAUGCAAGUCUUGUCAGGGAAAGGAUUGGGAGAUGGGUGACCAACGAAGAAGGCAAGGAUGGCAAAGGGGAAAUCACCUUCAAACACGUCAUUAUUGAUGCCUCAAGUCUCACGAAUAUUGACACCGCGGGAAUUGCUUCUUUGGUCGAGCUGAAUAAAAUUCUCACUUCACAUGGAGUCAAAUUAGCUAUGGCUAACCCUAGGUGGCACGUAAUUCACAAGCUAAGAUUAGCUAACUUCGUGAGCGAAAUUGGAGGAAGGGUUUUUCUGUCUGUGGAAGAAGCUGUAGACGCAUGUUGUCAGAUGGUUACUAAAAUGGUUACUUUAUAA